CUCCGGAGCCGCUGGGCGAGGGCUUCGGCGGAGGAGGUCCGCGAGGCGGAGGCCGCUCCGUUGGUCCGCCCUCUCCUGCCCCCUCGGCCUGCGCGAUGGAUUCCUGGGUCCGUUUCAGCGCCCAGAGCCAAGCCAAGGAGCGGGUCUUCAGAGCUGCCCAAUAUACCUGUACUCUACUAAGCUAUGCCCUUCAGAAGAAUGGAGCCGGACCUGAUUUCCUUGCUAGAAUCAAGCAGCUGGAGGCUCAUUUGAGUUUGGGACGCAAGUUGUUCCGGCUGGGGAACUCUGCUGAUGCCCUGGAGGCGGCCAAAAGAGCCAUCCAUCUGUCAGACAUCGUCCUUCGUUUCUGCAUCACCGUGAGCCAUUUGAACAGGGCCAUGUACUUUGCUUGUGACAACAUCUUGUGGGCAGGGAAAUCCGGUCUCAUUCCCCACGUGGACCAGGAGAAGUGGAGUCAGCGGUCGUUCAGGUAUUACCUCUUUGCGCUGAUUAUGAACUUGAGCCGGGAUGUCUAUGAAAUCCGGCUCCUGAUGGAGCAUGAGAUGAACGGGAAGCACCAUAAGAGUAGCUGUGGAAAUGACGGAUUUGCCCCGGGGGAAGACCGUCGGAUCCGGCAGCUGGCCCUGAGGCUGAAGCAGCAGCUCUGUCUCUUGGCGCAAGUGCUGCGGAGCAACCCUCCCCUGCUGCUCGAUGUGAUGAAAAAUGCCUGCGAUGUUUUCAUCCCCUUGGACAAGUUGGGCAUGUGCAAGAGCAGCUCAGGUUUUGUGGGGCUCUGUGGCCUGACGUCAUCCAUCCUCGCCAUCCUCACAAUCAUCCACCCGUGGCUGAAGCUGAAACCAUGACUGGGGCUGAUGGGGCUAGCUGGCUGAGGUGCUUCCUCCUGCUAGAUUUCCCACUCCAGAAACUGGCUGGGGGCACUGGUGACACGGCAGAGGCAGCCAGCCAGUGGCU